CGCAUGUUCUCUACCUGUCCGUGAGGGUUUCCUCCAGGUUCUCUGGUUUCCUCCCGCUCCCAAAAACAUGCUGGUAGGUGGAUUGAUUAUGAUAAAUUACCCCUAGGGGUGAAUGAGUAUAUACAUGGUCCCCUGCAAUGGUCGGGUGUGAUCACACCUUGCACCCAGCGCUGCUGACAUAGACUCUGGACCACCAUGAAGCUGAAGGAAUGACAGUUUAUCUUAUGAAAGGGUGAAGUACAUAUUAGUGUAAUAAAAAUGGCAUAACAUAGGUUGAUGUAUCUCAAAAACUAAACCGAUUUUUUUUUUUUAGCAAUUAUGCUGUAUUCGUGGUGUCUUGUAAGUGGUCAUGCUGAGCUGAGCAAGUUGUUAAAAUAUCAUUUCAUAUAGGGGGAAAAACAUGGAUGCCUCCACUUCUUUUGUUUGCACUAUCAGAGCACGUAAAGUUUAUAAAAAGCUACUUUAGCCGCACUUUUACAGUUAAAGGCCUGAGUGGCUGCUGUUGCUGUUCUGUUAUACUGAACUUCAAACAUUCCUACAACAUUUUGGACUGAAAUUGCAGCACAGCAACAACACAGAACAGCGCAAUAAGCUGUCCGGCUGACGCUAGUGAUAAUGCUAACGUUGAUUAUUUUCUUCUCAAAAUAGCGAUUAGCAUGGUCACUGUUAUAGAUUUAACCAAGUACUGUGUCUGUAUAUUAAAUAAUCUAAAACCAACAGUGCUAUAAACUCAUUUAAAAGUAGAGAAGGGGCACUUCUCCAUACUGUUCAGUGUGUACGGCCAUGUUGAUUUGACGCCACUGCAUAAACUGGGAAGGCACUGGUAGUUGAGAAGAUGACCCCAAACUGGUGAGUUGAAAAUUCAAAUUGAGGGGCAUUUUCGGUGUUAUUCUUGCAAAGAAGAAUGGGAGAAACUGCCCCAAAAUAGGUGUGCCAAGCUUGUAGCAUCAUACUCAAAAAGACUUGAGGCUGUAAUUGGCGCCAAAGGUGCUUCAACAAAGUAUUGAGCAAAGACUGUGAAUACUUAUGUACAUGUGCUUUUUUGUUUUUUUAUUUUUAAUAAAUUUGUUUUCAUUGCUAUUAUGGGGUACUGUUUGUAGAAUUUUGAGGAAAAUAAUGAAUUUAAUCCAUUUUGGAAUAAGGCUGUACCAUAACAAAAUGUGGAAAAAGUGAAGCGCUGUGAAUACUUUCCGGAUGCACUGUAAGUGUUGUUGUUUUUUUGUUUUUUUUUUUAAAUAUAUACCUUGGAUGCAUGUAAAUCUAUUGUAUAAGACCUUUAAAUCUAAAUUAGGCACGUUUCAAAACCAUAAUAGGUGCGCUUUAAUUCCUAUCAACCGAGCUCUGUGUAAUGUUUAUUUAGUGGCGCUAGGGGGCGGUAAGUGUCUGAUCUGAACUGAAAGCUACACACCAUAAACGAAGAACGAAGCAGUUUCUAGCGCUUUUAUCAGUUUUGAUUUCAAAAUCUGGAUCUUUUAUAAAUAAGUACAUUAUUUAACCAACUAUAGCCUUACACUAAUGGACAAGAAGUCCGAGUCUGAUUCUAUUGAUGAUGGAGUCUCAGAGGCAGAGAGCUGCUCUGCCUCAUGCAUGGGUGCUACCGGAGGCUCGGACUCACGGGUGGACUCGCAGCUGGCUGAUGCCGUACGCUUAAAAACGGAGGGUAAUGCAUUUUACCGCGAGAAGAAUGUGCGCAGCGCCAUCGGACGUUAUCACCGCGCCUUGCUUGUGCUUCGUGGUCUGGACUCAGAAGUGACAUCAAGUCUUAAGGCCUUUAGACCCCAGUCUCCUACCCUCACACCAGAGCAAGAGGAACUGCUCAGGAGCACGCAGAUUGACUGCUAUAACAACCUAGCAGCGUGUUUACUGCAGCGUGAAGUUGUGGACUACGCCCGUGUGCAGGAGUACAGUUUGAAGGUACUGCAGUGGAGGGCUGGAGAUAUUAAAGCCCUGUACAGAGCUGGAGUAGCCACCCUGGAGCUCGGUGAUGCUCAGACUGCCCGACAUUACCUUCUUCAAGCCAGCAGAGGGAAACCUAAUGAUGCCAACGUCAAGAAACAGCUCCAGCGGGUGGAAGAGAGGCUCAGCAAAGACUUCGAAAAGGAGAAAGCUCUCUACAAAGGCAUGUUCAAUAAACAGAAACAAGCAGAAGAAGAGGAUGCUGUAGAGAAGAACCCAAACCAGGUGUGAGAAGCUCAGAAGAUCUGCACCAGCUUAAAAGAUGAAGAAUGAAACUGAAGAGAAAUGGCUUACCAAAAUGUGGGCUACACGUUGCCAAGGGCAUGGAAUAUAAACCCCAGUAAGGGGUUUAAUGAGAGUACAGAUCUCUUGCCAAGACUGAAUCAGAAUGAGGGCAGACUGUUAUGACUGGGCAGUUUGAAAAUUAAAAGCCUUAUUAGUCCAUUGACUGUGGCUUCACCAGAUAUCAGUUAACUGCUGUUCAGGUUUCUGUUUCCUCUGUGUGUAAGUGUUUAUACCAUCACAUGAGAGCUUGUCAUCUUUCAGCACUGUUCUAUAAUAAAUAUUUUUUGAAAA